AUGGAAGGGACAUUUCUGGUUUUAGCUGCUGCGCUUUUGGCUAAAACUGUUUGUCACUGUAGCGACGUUGAUUCAUUUGUCCUCCCGUUCACUAGCUGCGUCCGGAGCCGUGGGAAAGAGGGAUUAUACAGGGGGGCAAUAGAUGUCACAGAGUCCGGUGCCCGGUGUAUGUAUUGGAACGAGGUGGCCGGUUUUCAGGAGCGUUACCCGGAUAAAGGGAUAGGAGACCACAAUCAGUGCCGCAAUCCGGACGGCAGGAUCCGACCCUGGUGCUUUUUCCGAAACAGCAGAGGCAGGGUGGACUGGGGGUACUGCGACUGCAAACAAGGCUCAGUGCGUCUUCAGGGAGGCCGGACUAAGCUGGACGGUAGGGUGGAAGUCUAUUUGGGGGGAAUUUGGGGGUCUAUGUGCAGCAAUGACUGGGGAGAUGAAGAUGCUACAGUGGUGUGCAGACAGCUGGCCAACAGGUCUUCAGGUCGUGCACGUGUGUACCCUGUGUCUCGUCAAGGCAUGUCCAAGUUUCACUGGAGGGCAGUCCACUGCAAGGGGGAUGAGUCAGAGCUGCUGCUGUGCCCCAGGACUACCUGGAAUGGAGGGGCUUGUCCCCUGGCUGCAGCCGUCACCUGUACUCAGCAGCCAGCAGUAGUGGCACUCCCUCUACGGCUGGUGGGAGGGCAGUCAAGGUCAGAGGGCAGAGUUGAGGUCUUCCACGGAGGGCAGUGGGGUUCUGUAUGUGAUGACCAGUGGGACGACAGUGACGCAGAGGUGGUCUGCAGACAGCUGGGGCUAAGUGGGGUUGCAAGGGCUUGGGGCCAGGCUUAUUUUGGCGAGGGCUCAGGCCAUGUGUGGCUGGAUGAGGUGCGGUGCACAGGUAAUGAGCUUUCUCUGGAGCAAUGUCCUAAAAACAGCUGGGGAGAGCACAACUGUCUGCACUCCGAAGACGCAGGGGUGUCCUGCAACCCACUCACAGAUGGUACAGUCAGGUUGGCGGGGGGUGUAGGGAGCUAUGAGGGUCGUUUAGAGGUCUUCUACCAUGAUCAGUGGGGGACAGUGUGCGAUGAUAGUUGGACGGACUCCAACACACAAGUUGUGUGCCGGCAACUUGGCUACAGGUCAGGUGAGACUCUGGUUUCAGAGGGGCUAGACAUCACCCCACUCCCACGGUUCGGUGUGGGCUCAGGUCCCAUCCUAUUGGACGACGUGAGCUGCACAGGGAAAGAGCCUAGCUUAUCUCUCUGCAACAGGGGAGAAUGGCUCCGGCACGACUGUACGCACCAUGAAGACAUCAAUAUUGCCUGCAGCCCCCACCGCACUGGACAGGGUCUCCUCUCCAGUAUGCGAUUGAGGCUGGUGGGAGGGGAGAACCCCAAGGAGGGCCGGGUAGAGAUCUAUCUUUCAGGUCAGUGGGGCACGGUGUGUGAUGAUGGCUGGACUGAUCGUGAUGCUGAGGUGGUGUGUCGACAGCUUGGAUACAGCGGAGAGGCCAAGGCCCGAGUCAUGGCGUACUUUGGGGAAGGGACAGGGCCCAUCCAUGUGGACAACGUGAAGUGCAGCGGAGAGGAGCGUUCAUUAGCCGACUGUAUCAAACAGCCACCCGGGUCACACAACUGUCGACACAGUGAGGACGCAGGGGUCAUCUGUGACUAUGGCCAACCACAGCUUAGCUCCAAAGAAAUCAAAGAUCCUGUGGACUCGGUUUGCGGUGUGCGGCUCCUACACACUCGCCAGCGCAGAAUCAUUGGAGGGGAGAACUCACGGAGGGGAGGUUGGCCCUGGCAAGCUGCCAUUCGUUUGCGGGGCUCUCGUGGAGACGGACGGUUGGUGUGUGGAGCCACACUCAUCCAUACCUGCUGGGUCCUCACUUCUGCACAUUGUUUCAAAAGGUAUGGCAACAGCACUAAGCAGUAUAAAGUUCGGGUGGGUGACUAUCACUCCCUGGUCCCUGAGGAACAUGAAGAGGAGUAUGGCAUCGAACAAAUUGUCCUCCAUCCGAGCUACCUCACCCAUAGCAAUGAUUUUGACCUGGCCUUAGUUCGUCUGGCACCGGGGGCAAUUGGCCAGAAGCGGGGAGAAUGUGUGUCAUUCAGCCGCCAUGUUCUUCCCGCCUGUCUGCCUCUGAGGAAAGAAAGAGUGCUCAAACAGGCCAGCAACUGUCACAUCACUGGCUGGGGCGACACAGGUCGUUCAUACUCCAAGACCCUUCAGCAGGCCUUCCUCUCCUUACUUCCCCGUCGCCACUGCCAACAGCGUUACCAUGGAGCCUUCACGAGCCGCAUGCUCUGCGCAGGUAGUGUCCAAUUGGAUCAGCGUGUUGACAGCUGCCGUGGCGACAGCGGGGGGCCACUGGUUUGUGAACGCCCGGGCGGGGGUUGGGUGGUGUACGGGGUCACAUCCUGGGGUCACGCGUGUCGGACACAGCAGUCGCCCGGCGUAUAUACAAAAGUCUCCAUCUUCAGCUCGUGGAUACGGAAGGUGAUCGAACAUGAUGAGACUAAGGAGAAAUGGUGA